AUGGUCAACACCGGUCAUUCGACAAUCCAAAGUUACAUACAAAAAUAUCCACAUGUGUUAUUUGAAGAUGGUAUAUCUGAAAUUAACAUCUCCCUGUAUAACUUCACGUGGGUACAAGAUGGCUUGUCGUGCAUAUUCGAUGAAAACAUCGGGGAGUUUGUUACAUCAUCAUUAUUCAAAAUUUUCAUAUUUAUUAUGUAUACUGUUAUAUUUGCGUUCGCGCUUACUGGCAAUGGAUUGGUUUGUUUCGUCGUCUACUCAUCGCCUAGGAUGAAAACGGUGACAAAUUAUUUCAUAGUGAAUCUUGCAGUCGGUGACAUAUUGAUGACAGUAUUUUGUGUUCCAUUUUCCUUUGUACCCGUAUUAGUUCUACGUUACUGGCCCUUUGGAUCUAUAAUGUGUCGUGUGGUUAACUAUACACAAGCGGUAUCAGUAAUGGUCAGUGCGUAUACAAUGUUUGCAAUAUCAAUUGAUAGAUAUCUAGCUAUUGUUCAACCUUUGAAACCUCGUUUGGGGAAAGCUGCGGCCAAAGUCGUCGUGAUGGCUGUAUGGGCGGGUGCGGCUGCUACUGCCACUCCGAUCGGUGUGGUGGCUCAACUGCAUAAACCAUCGCUUUGGCAUGUAGCAUGUAAUGUAGGCGUUUGUGGUGAAAUGUGGAGCGAUUUGAAAAGCAGUGAGCGUUAUUCUCUCGCUCUGCUGAUCCUGCAGUUCGGUUUGCCGCUGAGCGCGCUCGUGGCGACGUAUGCCCGUAUCGCUUGCGUAGUGUGGGCGGAACGGACGCCCGGGGAAGCUCAGUCUGAACGUGACGUCAGAGUACAAAAGUCCAAACGUAAGAUGAUUAAGAUGAUGGUGGCCGUCGUGGUAGUAUUUAUCGUCUGCUGGCUACCGUUGAACAUAUUCAUUUUGCUAUGGGUGUUGAAUGCUGACAAUGAGGCUUGGCACGCUUGGCCAGGUAUGCCGUACGUGUGGUUUGCCGCACACUGGCUCGCUAUGUCACACACCUGUUACAACCCCAUCAUUUACUGCUACAUGAACAGCAAGUAUCGACACGGAUUCAAACAGGUAUUGGACAAUCUUAUGUGUAUCAAAUUAAAUUCUACUAACCGCUCCUGUCAGCGCUCGAGUAUGUGUGAAGGAAUACCGAUGUCAGAACUGAUGGGUGUGAAUGGCGCUCAAGGUCGCCGGCUCGCUGUCGGUAAAAUACGUAUAUCACGAACAAGUAACGAAGAUUGUAAAUGUUCAAGAUGUAUUAGUAUACGUAGUGAAAAGAUUAUAAUGGCUGAAAAUGAGGAACGCAUUCAUCAAAGAAACGAUGACAACCCAGAAGCACACUAUCGAAUCAAAUCGACGCCGUGA